AUGAAGGCUGUUUUUGUGUGUUUACUACUGGCUCUGGCCGGACAAUCUCUAGCACAAACCCAGGAGGAGUUUGUCGAAUACCUGCUGGAAAUCCAAGCUCAAGCGGAAGCUCUACAUCAGAUCAUGGAGGGAACGUUCGACAACACACGAUUCACCAUGAGUGACAGCCUCAUCGAACUGAACCGUGACUUGGUGGGACGCAUGAACGAAGCGUUGGUCCAAAUCGAAGAAAUUAAGCUAUCCACAGAGGAACUAGUAAGCAACUCGAAUGCACAGCAAAUUUGUAUCGACGUGGCGAUGGCAAAUUGGGAGAUCGAAGUCGAAUGGGUCGGCCAAGCGUUGCAGCGUUGUGCUAACGAGGCCAACCUGGAGAUUACUCGAGCCACUGCCAACGUGCACGAAGCCAUCGAACGGGCUCAGAUCCAGUCCACUGAAUUGCAGAACAUUGUUGUGCAUGGAUUCAUCGAUUGGAACGCAAUCGACUACACGGAAUCGAUCUCGACCAUCGUGGGAGCUCGCAUCCAGCAGAAAGAGCAGGAAUUCCAAUUCACUGUGCUUGAAUUGGGACGCGUGUUGCAAGGAAUAUUCUAUCUGACUUCCGAAAUGCUGCCCCAGACAGCUACCUGUAUUAACCGUGGAGUGGAACGCUUCAAUAACUAUGCCCGUGUGAUUAAUGAUACUCUGUCUUUCUGUCAGUAA